AUGGUAGCAGAAGAGAUUUCUGAUUCAGGGAUACCAAGAAAAAUCGAAAAUGUACAGGAAAUCAUGACUAAAUGCCAGUGUUGGGUGAAGAAAGAUGACGAUGAACGCUUAGCUGAAAUUUUAUCGAUAAAUACAAGAAGAUCACCUCCAAAGUUUUAUGUACAUUAUGUUAAUUACAAUAAACGUCUGGAUGAAUGGAUCGAUGUCGAUCGAAUAAAUUUAGAUAAGGAAGUCAUCUUCCCUAGACCUCCUGAUCUUUCAGAGGAUGCAAUAAAUAAACAGAAAAAGAAGAAGAAGAAGUCACCUACAACUUCGUUAUCGAGUAGUGUAGAACCAGGUGCAUCGCGAGGUGUUACGCCUGAUAAUACAGAUGUUAUGGAUCUUGACAACUUGAAUGUCCAAGGUGUUAAGCAUGAAGAUAUAUCUCAAGAAGAUGAAAUUAAAAAAUUAAGAACAUCUGGUUCAAUGACGCAAAAUCCUCAUGAAGUUGCUCGUGUUAGGAAUUUAAAUAAAAUUAUCAUGGGUGAACAUGAAAUUGAGCCAUGGUAUUUUUCACCAUAUCCUAUCGAAUUGACAGAUGAAGAUGUUGUAUAUAUUGAUGAUUUCAGCUUACAGUAUUUCGGUUCACGAAAACAAUAUGAAAGGUAUAGAAAAAAAUGCACACUACGACAUCCACCAGGGAAUGAGAUAUAUAGGGAUGAUUAUGUUUCUUUCUUUGAAAUAGAUGGUAGGAAGCAAAGGACAUGGUGUAGAAACCUCUGUCUUUUGUCCAAGCUAUUCUUAGAUCAUAAGACUUUGUACUAUGAUGUCGAUCCAUUUUUAUUCUAUUGUAUGACCAGAAGGGACGAAUUGGGUCAUCAUUUCGUGGGAUAUUUUUCUAAAGAAAAGGAGUCAGCAGACGGAUACAAUGUGGCAUGUAUCUUGACUUUACCUCAGUAUCAAAGAAUGGGGUACGGUAGACUAUUAAUUGAAUUUUCAUAUGAGCUUUCGAAGAAGGAACAUAAAGUUGGAUCACCUGAAAAACCAUUGUCAGAUUUAGGUUUAUUGUCAUACAGGGCAUAUUGGGCAGAUACAUUACUGGUCCUUCUGGUUGAACAUGGUCAAGAAAUUACUAUAGAGGAGAUAAGUUCCAUUACAUCGAUGACCACAACGGAUAUUUUACAUACAGCUAAAACAUUGAAUAUUUUGAGGUACUAUAAGGCACAACAUAUACUGUACCUCAGCAAAGAUAUUGCUGACAGAUAUAAUGAAUUACAAAGGAAAAAAGAAGAAGAAUUGAUCCAAAGAAGCUGGUUUGGAAGCCACCAGUCUUUACUGCUUCCCAAUUACGUUUUGCAUGGUGAAUUAUUCUAUUGUAAUAUUGUAUUCACGUCUGCAUUAUAUGGCCGGUUAUUAAUCUUAGAUAACAGACCAUAG